AUGAGUGCCAAACUGUGGACAGAGGAGCAGUUUAACUGUCCUGUGUGUCUGGAUCUCCCAAAUGAUCCAGUAACCAUCCCCUGUGGGCACAGCUACUGCAUGGCCUGCAUCAAGGACUACUGGAGCAAGAACGAUCCCAAGGGCGUCUACAGCUGCCCACAAUGCCGAAAGUCCUUCAGUCCCAAGCCCUCCUUGUCGAGAAACACCAUGCUGGCUGAGGCUGUAGAGCAGCUCCGCAAAGGGGCCCAAAUAGCUGAUGUGCGUGCCUCUAUGCGAAGCGGCACUGGCGUUGCCUCAUCCAAAACCAAAAGGAAACUCUCUUCCUCUGCAGUGUUAUGCGACAUGUGCAAAGGAGAACAGCGAGCAGCGGUCAAGAGCUGCCUGGUGUGCAUGAGUUCAUUCUGCGAAGACCACCUGAAGCCCCACAAGACCAAGAAGUCCCUGAGUAAGCACGAGCUGAUAGCACCCACAAGCAAUCUGGCUGAGAAGAUCUGCACAGAGCACAAAUACCUGCAAGAGUUCUUCUGUCGCCAGUGUAAAAUGUUCGUCUGCUGGCUGUGCACCAGCAACCAGCACAAAGGCCACGAGUGUGUGUCCACCAAGGUUGAGCGUUUGGAGAAGCAGAAAUUGAUGUCAGAGAUGCAGACAGAGAAUACGCAGAGACUGAAGGAGAGAGAGCAGGAGCUGAAAGACAUGAAGAAGAUGAUGGAGGUGACGAAGCGUUCUUCCGACAUGGUCCAUGACGACACUGAACAGGUGCUGUCGGAGCUGCAGCGUUCAGUGGAGCGUCUGCAGGAACUUCUUGAAGAAGUUCUGGAUCAGGCCAGCAUGCAGAAGAUGGGCCAAGCUCAGGAAGUCACUGACAGUCUGGAGGCGGAGGUCAAAGAGCUCAGGAAGAGAGACAAGGAGAUGAAGGACUUGUUACGCUGUGAGGACCACAUCUACUACCUAGAGACAUGCGAGUCCUUGUGUAAUCCCCUGGAGUCCGGAGACCUUCCCACUGUGGUGGUAAAUCCAGAAGCUUCUUUUGAACCGGUACGAGAUGCCAUCCUCGACCUCAGGGACAAAAUUGAGGAUAUUUGCAACCAGGAAUUGGGAAAGAUCACCAAACAAGUCAAUGAUACGACGCUGUUCACUCUUGGAGACGCUAAUCGCUCAGGACACAAAGGAGGGAUUUUUAAAUUGUUUUCUGGUCUUGCUUCUCGUAACACAAACAGUCGUUCACCAGCCCCAACUGUGGGAGCCCGUGCCGACAGACGAGGAGUUGGUAUAGGCCUCAGAAAUCAAGAUGUGCGGAGUAGAGACACACCACGAGACAAAGGAAACACGAGUUCACCGAGACCUCGGGACAGACAGAGGAGAGAGGAAAGAGAGACAGUGAGGGAGACGAACCCCAGACCCAGUCCCACUCCGAGCCCAACUCCCAGCCGCAGAGAGUCUCAAUCUCUUUGGAGCCGGUCCAGUCAGAGCCAGGCUGCAGCACCGGUUCAAACCCCGACUCGAAUCCCAUCCACACCAACUCCAGCUCCAGCUCCUAGUCCAGCUCCUAGUCCAGCACCUGCACCUGCAGCAUCAAACGGAGGGUCAGGUUUCAGUCGGAUGGCAUCGAUCAGCAGCCUCUUCCGUUCCCAUCGACGUGGCACAACCGCGGCUACCCCAAUCACCCCGGAAAAUAACACAAACGCAUGGGGGAUGUCUGCUUUGUCCGAAACACCAACAGAGAUUAACCCAGGUCUUUUUCUGGACUCUCCGACCGACACCAUGACUCAGGCUCCUGCUUUCCCUGGAUUGAGAGAAAUCAACCUGGACAGCAUCCAGGCGCCAGAGCCGAGGACCAGAGAGGAGUUCCUACAGUACUCCAUGACCUUGACCCUCGACACCAACACAGCCCAUCGUCGGCUCUCUCUCUCCGAGGGCAACACUAAAGCCACCCUGCAGGGGGCAGCGCAGCCGUACCCAAACACUCCUCAGCGUUUUGACGGAUGGACCCAGGUGAUGUGCGAGGUUCCUCUGUACUCCCAGCGGUGUUACUGGGAAGUGGAGUGGAGAGGAAGAGGAUCCUCAAUAGGCGUAGCUUACAAAGCGAUGAUUAGAAAAGGUUUGGAUUCUCGUUCGGGGCUCGGUUACAACGCCCAGUCUUGGACUUUGGAGCUGUCGGACACCUGCUGCUCGGCCAUGCAUGACAACCAGAAGAAAGACAUCCCCGUCACUUAUUCUCCUCGUUUGGGGAUCUAUUUGGACCUCUCCACGGGCACGCUGGCGUUCUACAGCGUGGCUGAAAGUAUGACGCACCUUCAUACAUUCAGAGCUAACUUCACACAGCCGCUUUACGCCGUGUUCGGGGUGGGAAGCGGAGUCGGGGUGGGACUGGAUUUCGCUCUUGGUCAGUUUAGCUCCAGCUCUGAUAGCAUUAAGAUCUGUCCCAUGUGAGCAUGUAGGCUGGAAGAAUCUAGAACAAAUGCUUCAGAGUUUAAAUGUGUAAAUUCUGGCCUACAAUUAAGGUUUUACAAUCUAACAGGAACAGGGCUGAAACAGAGGGGAUUAUGGGAUGCUGCAAUGAUCUUUCGAGCCAAACUUCAGAGACAUGUAAUAUAUUAUAAUAGGAGACCUUUUAAUUUGUAAGAUGUGGCCAACAAUUAAGGUUUAAAAUCUAACAAUUCAACAAUGAACUGACAUUACAAGUUGUUUACAUUAUUUUUAAAGAUGUGUCUUUUUGAAAGUGCUACUGAAAUGCUAACAAACUAGCCCCACCCUUACUUACUCGUUAUACUACUUUGAGGCAAUAGUGAGUCACGAGACAGAGUUGUGAGUCAUUUCUUCUCAUCUUAACCACUUUAAAUGUCGUUCACUACGCAAAUAAUCAAAGGGUACUCGUAUUUUUCACAGGCUCUGAGUUUCAGCAGAUGUAAUUUACAUAUUAUUACUCUAGGCUUUAUAACCAUUGACUGUGUGCUAAUGCCUAUUGAAUUGGACAAAACAACAGAUGCUUUUGUUCUUAUUUUCAAUGCACUUGAAGCAAACAUAUUCACUACUUCUUCUAACAAGUAUGAGUAAUAAAGAAACAACUUGGUGAGUCAGUG